AUGCAGUUCAUGUGCUAUGAAGUGAGUCCCUUGAUCCGAAGUGAUGCUGUAUGGGAUACCAUGACAGUGGAUAAAGCACCCUUGAAUAUUUAUUUCUGCCUCUCUUCUCUUUAUUUUAGCUGGCCCGGACCAAUUUUGAGGAAAGGUUACAGACAGCACCUGAAAUUAUCAGACAUAUACCAAAUCCCAUCUGUUGAUUCUGCUGACAAUCUCUCUGAAAAACUGGAAAGAGAAUGGGACAGAGAGCUGGCUUCCAAGAAAAAUCCCAAACUCAUUAAUGCCCUUCGGCGAUGCUUUUUCUGGAGAUUUGUGUUCUAUGGAAUCUUGUUAUAUUUAGGGGAAGUCACCAAGGCAGUCCAGCCACUCUUACUGGGAAGAAUCAUAGCUUCCUAUGAUCCAGAUAACAAGGUGGAACGCUCCAUUGCGAUUUACUUGGCCAUAGGCCUGUGCCUUCUCUUCAUCGUGAGGACGCUCCUCCUACACCCAGCCAUUUUUGGCCUCCAUCACAUGGGAAUGCAGAUGAGAAUAGCUAUGUUUAGUUUGAUUUAUAAGAAGACUUUAAAACUGUCCAGCCGUGUUCUUGAUAAAAUAAGUAUUGGACAACUUGUCAGUCUCCUUUCCAACAACCUGAACAAAUUUGAUGAAGGACUUGCACUGGCACAUUUUGUGUGGAUUGCUCCUUUACAAGUGACACUUCUGAUGGGGCUGAUCUGGGACCUGCUCCAGGCCUCUGCCUUCUGUGGACUUGCUUUCCUGAUAAUUGUCGCCCUUGGUCAAGCUGGGUUAGGAAGAAUGAUGAUGAAGUACAGAGAUAAGAGAGCUGGAAAGAUCAAUGAAAGACUUGUGAUCACCUCUGAAAUGAUUGAAAAUAUCCAAUCUGUGAAGGCAUACUGCUGGGAGGAAGCAAUGGAAAAAAUGAUCGAAAACCUAAGACAAAUAGAGCUGAGACUGACCCGGAAGGCAGCCUAUGUGAGAUACUUCAACAGCGCAGCCUUCUUCUUCUCAGGGUUCUUCGUGGUGUUUUUAUCUGUGCUGCCCUACGCAAUGCUCAAAGGAAUCAUCCUUCGAAAAAUAUUCACUACCAUCUCAUUCUGCAUCGUUCUGCGCAUGGCUGUCACUCGGCAGUUCCCCUGGGCUGUGCAAACGUGGUAUGACUCGCUCGGAGCAAUAAACAAAAUACAGGAUUUCUUACAAAAGCAAGAGUAUAAGACGUUGGAAUAUAACUUAACAACUACAGAUGUGGUGAUGGAAAAUGUGACAGCCUUCUGGGAGGAGGGAUUUGGGGAAUUAUUUGAGAAAGCAAAACAAAAUAAUAACAAUAGAGAAAUUUCCAAUGGUGAUAACAGCCUCUUCUUCAGUAACUUCUCACUUCUUGGUGCUCCUGUCCUGAAGGAUAUCAAUUUCAAGAUAGAAAGAGGACAGUUAUUGGCGGUUGCUGGAUCUACUGGAGCAGGCAAGACUUCACUUCUAAUGAUGAUUAUGGGAGAACUGGAGCCCUCAGAGGGUAAAAUUAAGCACAGUGGAAGAAUUUCAUUCUGUUCUCAGUUCUCCUGGAUCAUGCCUGGCACCAUUAAAGAAAACAUCAUCUUUGGUGUUUCCUAUGAUGAGUAUAGAUAUAGGAGUGUCAUCAAAGCCUGCCAGCUAGAAGAGGACAUUUCCAAGUUUGCAGAGAAAGACAAUAUAGUUCUUGGAGAGGGUGGAAUCACACUGAGUGGAGGGCAACGAGCCAGAAUCUCGUUAGCAAGGGCAGUGUACAAAGAUGCUGAUUUGUACCUAUUAGACUCUCCUUUUGGAUACCUAGAUGUUUUAACAGAAAAAGAAAUUUUUGAAAGCUGUGUCUGUAAAUUGAUGGCGAACAAAACUAGAAUUUUGGUCACUUCUAAAAUGGAACAUUUAAAGAAAGCUGACAAAAUAUUAAUUUUACAUGAAGGUAGCAGCUAUUUUUAUGGGACAUUUUCUGAACUACAAACUCUACGGCCAGACUUCAGCUCGGAGCUCAUGGGAUAUGAUUCUUUCGAUCAGUUUAGUGCAGAAAGAAGAAAUUCAAUCCUAACGGAGACCUUACGGCGUUUCUCAUUAGAAGGAGAUACUGUCUCCUGGAAUGAAACAAAAAAGCAGUCUUUUAAACAAGCUGGAGAGUUUGGUGAAAAAAGGAAGAACUCUAUUCUCAAUUCAAUCAACUCCAUAAGAAAAUUUUCAGUAGUACAAAAGACUCCACUACAAAUGAAUGGUAUUGAUGAAGAUUCUGACGAGCCUUUGGAGAGAAGGCUGUCCCUAGUUCCGGAUUCUGAGCAAGGAGAGGCCAUCCUACCUCGAAGUAACGUGAUCAACACGGGUCCCACAUUUCAGAGACGAAGAAGACAGUCUGUUCUCAACCUGAUGACACGCCCCUCAAUUAACCAAGGUCAAAACAUUCACCGAAGGACAGCAGCAUCCGCACGAAAAAUGUCACUGGCCCCUCAGGCUAACUUAACUGAAAUGGAUAUAUAUUCAAGAAGAUUAUCUCAAGACAGUGGCUUGGAAAUAAGUGAAGAAAUUAAUGAAGAAGAUUUAAAGGAGUGCUUUUUUGACGACGUGGAGAACAUGCCACCAGUGACCACAUGGAACACAUACCUUCGAUAUGUUACUGUCCACAAGAGCUUAAUUUUUGUGCUAAUUUGGUGUUUAGUUGUUUUUCUGGCUGAGGUGGCUGUUUCUUUGGUUGUGUUGUAUCUACUUAGGACAUCAUCUCUUCAAGACAAAGGGAAUAAUACUACUGUGAACGCAAAUAGCAGCUACGGAGUGAUCGUCACUAACACCAGCUCAUAUUAUCUUUUGUACAUUUAUGUGGGAAUAGCUGACAGUUUGUUUGCCCUGGCAAUCUUCAGAGGUUUACCACUGGUGCAUACCCUAAUCAAAGUGUCAAAAACUUUACACCACAAAAUGUUACGUUCUAUUCUUCAAGCACCUAUGUCAACGUUCAACACAUUGAAAGCAGGUAGGAUUCUUAAUAGAUUCUCCAAAGAUAUAGCAAUUUUGGAUGAUCUUCUGCCUCUUACCAUGUUUGACUUCAUCCAGUUGUUAUUAAUUGUGAUUGGCGCUGUAGUAGUCGUCUCUGUUUUACAACCCUACAUCUUCCUGGCAACAGUGCCCGUGAUAGCUGCGUUUAUUAUACUGAGAGCAUACUUCCUCCACACCUCACAGCAGCUCAAACAAUUGGAAUCUGAAGCCAGGAGUCCCAUUUUCACUCAUCUUGUUACAAGCGUAAAAGGACUAUGGACGCUCCGUGCCUUUGGACGCCAGCCUUACUUUGAAACUCUGUUCCACAAAGCUCUGAAUUUACACACUGCCAACUGGUUCUUGUACCUGUCGACACUUCGCUGGUUCCAAAUGAGAAUAGAAAUUAUUUUUGUCAUCUUCUUCAUUGCUGUUACCUUCGUUUCCAUUUUAACAACAGGUGAAGGAGAAGGAACAAUUGGCAUUAUUCUAACAUUAGCCAUGAAUAUCAUGAACACAUUGCAGUGGGCUGUAAACUCCAGCAUAGAUGUGGACAGUUUGAUGAGAUCUGUGAGCCGAAUCUUUAAGUUUAUCGACAUGCCAACAGAAGAAAGUAAACCUGCCAAAUCUGUCAAACCACCCAAGGAUGGCCAGCUGUCCAAAGUUAUGAUUAUUGAGAACCAGCACGUGAAGAAAGAUUACAACUGGCCCUCAGGGGGUCACAUGACUGUCAAAGACCUCACAGCAAAAUAUAUAGAUGGUGGCAAUGCCAUAUUAGAGAACAUUUCCUUCUCAAUAAGUCCUGGCCAGAGGGUGGGCCUGUUGGGAAGAACUGGAUCAGGGAAAAGCACUUUGUUAUCAGCUUUUUUGAGGCUGCUGAACACUGAAGGAGAAAUUCAGAUUGAUGGUGUGUCCUGGGAUUCAAUAACUUUGCAACAGUGGAGGAAAGCCUUUGGAGUGAUCCCGCAGAAAGUGUUCAUCUUUUCUGGAACAUUUAGAAAAAACUUGGAUCCCUAUGAACAGUGUAGUGAUCAAGAAAUAUGGAAAGUUGCAGAUGAGGUUGGACUCAGAUCUGUGAUAGAGCAGUUUCCCGGGAAGCUUGAUUUUGUCCUUGUAGACGGGGGUUACGUCCUAAGCCAUGGCCACAAACAGCUGAUGUGCCUGGCCAGAUCUGUUCUCAGUAAGGCGAAGAUCUUGCUGCUUGAUGAACCCAGUGCUCAUUUGGAUCCGAUAACAUACCAAAUCAUUCGAAGAACCCUAAAACAAGCAUUCGCUGAUUGCACAGUAAUCCUCUGUGAGCACAGGGUAGAAGCAAUGUUGGAAUGUCAACAAUUUUUGGUCAUAGAGGAGAACACAGUGCGGCAGUAUGAUUCCAUCCAGAAGCUGCUGAACGAGAAGAGCCUCUUCAGGCAGGCCAUCAGCCCCUUGGACCGUAUGAAGCUCCUCCCUCACCGGAACUCGAGCAGGCACAGGUCUCGAUCCCAGAUCGCUGCUCUGAAGGAGGAGACGGAGGAAGAAGUGCAAGAAACAAGGCUCUAGAGCAUAGUAUGCAUGUUUGCCCUGGGAGAGUCACUUAUGGAGUUGGAGGAGAAAAGUUGCCUUUGCCUUGCGAAACAAGGAUGAAUAACAUUAUUUUUGAGAAAAAAAAAGAAAAUUGUUGGUAGGAGGAAUUAAUGGCGUUCCUACGGAUCCGGAUAAAUGGCUUCUUAACAGUGGUCAAAUUGUGUGAAAGGCACCUCAAAUCCUUGAAGAUUUACCACUUGGGUUACGCAAACCAGAUUGUCCUGAAAACUCUC